GAUCCUCCUUUAUAACUUCUUGUUCUAUUAGAUGCCUCGUAUUCUAUAUUUCAUCGUCUUUUCUUCAGCUUCUCGAUACCCAAACAGAGAGUAAAAGUGUGGAAAGAAUGAGGUAUUUGUCCAGGCUCGGAUCCUUAAAAUCAAGCUCCACCAAUAAUCUUUUUUACUUAUCAAUCAGAAAAUCCCAAAGUUGUCUUCUUUCAUCACGUUCUAAGUUAUCUAAGCUUCACCCGUCCAAGAACGGUCACAACAAAAGUCAAACAGAAUCUGAAGACCAAAGCGUUGGUUCGCUCUUCAAUGAAAUAGCUGAGAUUUUAGGAGCUGAAACUGUCACAAUCGGUAGAAACCCAGCUGGGUUUUCAGCAUCCAAAGGAACCCAGUUGAGUGUAGGUGAGAUUAGUGCAGAAUACAGAUCGUGCACUCAAGGUGUUUGUGGAAUUGCUGAGGAUGAUGCGCGAGAAAUGGUUAAUUUAUCAGUUUUGGAGGAUACCCAGACGGGGCAUUCGGGCGGAAAUGAUGUGAGCCCCAUGGUUGACGAGAUUACAAAGAUUGUACGGGCUGAUAUUGGUACUGGUUCGAUGGAGGAGAGAUUGGAAAAGUCGGGUUUUGUAUUUGAUUCAGAGGUUGUGGAGAAAGUAUUGAAGAGGUGCUUUAAAGUGCCGCAUUUGGCUUUGAGAUUCUUUAAUUGGGUGAAGUUCCGGAAUGGAGGUUGUCAUACAACUAGGACUUAUAAUACAAUGUUGUACAUAGCUGGCGAAGCAAAAGAGUUCGGUUUGGUUGAGAAGUUGAUUGGGGAAAUGGAGGAGAAAGGGUGUGAAAGGGAUAUUAAGACGUGGACCAUUCUUAUCUCACAUUAUGGGAAGGCAAAGUUAAUUGGCAAAGCCCUAUUGAUCCUUGAGAAGAUGUGGAAAUCUGGUUGUGAACCUGAUGUGGCAGCUUACAUGAUUUUGAUACGUUCACUUUGUAAUGCUCAGAAAGCCGACAUUGCUUUGGAGUUUUACAAGGAGAUGGUCCAAAAGGAAAUGGGAUUAGAUAUGAGUUUGUACGAACUGCUACUUACUUGCCUAGCAGGAUCUGGAGAUAUUGCUGGGGUUCAAUUGGUUGCAGAUGACAUGAUUAGGCGUUCUCAGAUUCCUGAACGGGAUGUUUUUUCGGGCAUGCUGAAGAGCUUUUGUAUUGCAGGGAGAAUAAGAGAAGCCUUAGAAUUGAUUCGUGAUCUAAAUGAUAAAAAUUUAACUCUUGAGCCUAAUGAUUUUGAGACAUUGGUGAAAGGACUGUGUAGGGCUGACAGGAUUACUGAUGCAGCAGAAAUUGUUGAUAUAAUGAAGAAAAGAAAAGUUGUUGAUGCUAAGGUUUAUGGGAUUAUUAUCAGUGGAUACUUGAGGAGAAAUGAUAUUCCUAAGGCAUUUGAUGUGCUUCAGACCAUGACAGAAUCCGGCUAUUUACCUACAAUUUCCACAUACACUGAGCUGAUGCAGCAUCUCUUCAGAUUGAAUGAGUAUCAGAAAGGCUGCAAGCUAUAUGAUGAGAUGUUGGAAAGAGGAGUUGAACCGGAUAGUGUGGCGAUCACAGCUAUGGUUGCAGGUCAUGUUCGUCAAAAUCAUAUAUUUGAAGCAUGGAAAGUGUUCAAUAGUAUGCAGGAGAGGGGCAUCAGAGCUACUUGGAAAUCUUAUUCAGUGUUCAUUAAGGAGCUCUGUAAAAUUUCAAGGACAGAUGAGGUUAUCAAGGUUCUGAAUGAAAUGCAGGCAUCCAAGAUAAUUAUUGGAGAUGAGGUAUUCAAUUGGGUAAUAUCUUAUUUGGAGAAGAAAGGAGAAACAGAGAUGGUAAAAAAAGUAAUGCAGAUGCAGAGGACAUGUAAAUUUUACCCUCAAGAACACGAGGCAUCUGGUAGUAUUGUCCCCAAGAGACAACUGCAUAAUUUGGACUUCAACUUUAAUCAAUUGGAGUCAGGAAGGAUGGAUCUUCAUCUGGUAGAGCACCUUCCAAAGACUUAUAAUGAACAGGACCUGCAAGAAAUUUGUAGGAUUUUGUCAACCUCAAUGGACUGGUGCCUAAUUGAAGAAGCUUUGGAGAAAUGCACUGUUCAGUUCACAUCACAACUUGUUGUGGAGAUUUUGCGUAGUUGCAGUCUGCAUGGUCAUGCUGCAUUACUUUUUUUCUCCUGGGUAGGAAAGAGAGAUGGUUAUAGCCACACCACAGAGACUUACAACAUGGGAAUAAAAAUCUCAGGAUGUAGCAAAAAUUUUAGAAGCAUGAGGAACCUCUUUUUUGAAAUGAGAAGAAAAGGUCACCCAGUAACACCAGAUACAUGGACAAUCAUGAUAAUGCAGUAUGGUCGAGCAGGCUUGACAGAGAUUGCUUUGAGGAAUUUUGCAGAGAUGAAAGCUAAUGACUGUAAACCAAAUGGCAGCACAUACAAGUACUUGAUCAUAUGUCUUUGUGGGAGAAAAGGUAGGAAGGUAGAUGAAGCCAUCAAAACAUUCCUGGAAAUGAUUCGUGCAGGGUAUGUUCCUGACAAAGAAUUGGUUGAAAGUUAUCUUAAAUGUUUAUGUGAAGUUGGAAAGCUUUUGGAUGCUAGACGAUGCACAGAAGCUCUAUGUAAACUUGGUUUCACAAUUCCACUUAGUUAUUCCUUGUACAUUAGGGCUCUUUGUCGAGCAGGAAGGUUGGAAGAAGCUUUAGCAUUGGUAGAUGAGGUUGGGGCAGAGCGAGUUACACUGGAUCAAUAUAUUUAUGGAAGCCUAGUUCAUGGACUACUUCGUAGAGGAAGGUUAAAAGAGGCCCUGGAAAAGGUGGAUUCCAUGAAACAGAUUGGUAUUCAUCCAACCGUCCAUGUUUAUACAUCCUUGAUAGUUCAUUUCUUUAAGGAAAAACAGAUGAGAAAAGCAUUGGAAACUUUCCAGAAAAUGAAAGAGGAGGGUUGUGAACCAACAAUUGUUACCUAUUCUGCAUUGAUCCGUGGGCAUAUGGACAUGGGGAACUUCGUUGAUGCUCGGAAUGUCUUCGGCCUUCUACAACUUAAAGGACCAUUUCCAGAUUUCAAGACUUAUUCCAUGUUCAUUAGUUGCCUCUGUAAGGUAGGUAAAUCAGAAGAGGCCCUGCAGCUUCUAUCUGAGAUGUUGGACAGUGGGAUUAUUCCCAGUACCAUCAACUUUCGAACAGUGAUGUUUGGGCUAAAUAGAGAAGGUAAACACAGUUUAGCUAACAUUGUUUUACAAAAGAAAUUAGCUCUCAAAAGUAAACGGAAGCUUUAACAUAGGUUCCAUCCAUUAUUUUUCUUGUAUAUAUGUAACAUUGGAAGCAUCUGAUAUUUUUCUCUUUAAUAUCAUGAUCUGAAGUUUAUUCUCUCAUUA